ACAAUCGCCACUGUCCUUCAUUAGUAACAACGAGCGGCAUAUAGUUACCACCGCUAGUUUCCACACAAAACAGGUCCAUCCCGCGUCAAUAAUAUUGACCCUUUUGAUAGAUUAACAGCAACCGUUCUGUGUUGUGUCUUGUCAAUUGAAUCAUUUCAGCACCCACGUCAGAGAAAAAAAGAGAGAUGCUACGCGACAGAAAUGCUAAAAAUAUACACUCCCACCUGACUGACGUUCACUAUUACUGAUAGUAUAUUAGCGUGUGGAUGCUAAUUGUUCCUCCGCUUUUCGGUGGACUUUACCUCCAAAGACGGAGCGAUAAAGCGCCGACAUUGAUAUAUUGGUGAGUUUAGUCCGUAUCAAAACUUCUACCAGACCAGUCCGUGUAAGCUUGUGUAAAGUGUUUCAUAAAAAUUUCGACAAACUAAACUUAACUAGCCCGCUCUUCAAGAUGUCUGAAACGCAAUUUUCGGUGUGUUUGUCGUACAAUUUCAGUUUGUGUGCGAUCUGUGCGGCCAGCGGUACUCCACGUUCGAGAUCCUCAUGACACACAACCGGCUGAAGCACUAUCACACGAUCAAGUUCGGUUGUGGCUACUGCAACGAGACGUUCCGCCAUGAGGAUGAUCUGUACUGCCACUUCGUCCUGACGCAUCGUGUCGAUCCGUACGCAAAGUCACGGUGCAACAGUAGUGAGUCGGAAGCGGAGUCCGAGGUGUACGGCAGUCCGGGCGAUACGCUUAUCCGUCAGGCGGAGGAAACCUGUGGUCAGAUGCGUUUGAUCAGUGAGAGUGAUGAUGGGUCGGAAUCGAUCGGUAGCUGUUCGGGCGAAAGUUCAGGCGAUGAGGAAGACGGCAGCGAUCUGGAGCUAAACUACAACGAACUGUACAUGAGACGGAAGCGUAGUGCGAUGACGCAGGAAGAAAUUUCCGAGCUGACGGACGUGUUCAAGAAGUCGGUCCAGUCGACGUACUCCACGAAGCUGCGAUUAUAGCGAAAGGGGUGACAUCGAUAGCCUGUAAAUAGUGACACUAAUGAACAGUCGACAAAGACGGAAGGCACGAGGGAUGGCCAUACGUCACGGCUGUAGUCAUGCGAUACAAUUAGCUUCUUGCUAACGCUUUUUUUUUCUUCCUCUCGGUAAGUGGAGAAAAAGAAAACCCCUCGUAAACUCGUAAUUCAUAAUUAGUCGAUCGAGGAUCGCGAAGAUCGCGCUUUCCGGCAUCUGGAGAGCGUCGACGAUAUUAUACUUAGCACUUAGGAUUGGAAUGGAGCCAAACCGGUGGACCCUGGUCUCAACAGAGUUCCCAUACACUCCGCCUUUCGGACGACAGCCGCACUCGAACCGGUUGUGUCAACAGCGAAAAAGACAGCGCCUCUUCUCCGUCACACUUUUCGGAGUCGCUAAUGGUGGUGUGAAAUAAUUUUUCGCAAAUAUUAUGAUUGUCACUGGGCUGGUUGGUGGUGCGCUUUUAUGGGUAGGCCCUUCCCCGCCAUACAGCCAUUGUUAGGUGCAUUUAUCGCAUUUCCGACGUUGUUACCGUGCGGCUAACUUACUCUCGGUGUGAAAUGACCCCCGGGAAACUGUGACCCGUGGGGGGAGUUGGAGCGGAGUGCCUCGCGGAGUGCGGUAAUUGCAAAGGUGACGAAACGGAAUGCCACCAUCUUGGGAAGAUCAACCAGACACAGGACGCGAUGGAGCGGAGGGCUAGGACGGAGCACGUUAAUGGUGAUGUUUUAUUUGGAAGAGAAAAUGUUGUAGAAAAAGUAGGAGCAUUAAGCGAUAAGAAACAUGAAAACUGGACAAAUAAAUGAACUUUAAGUCAACGUGA